UGACGGUUUACACAACUAUAUCACGGAAUCAGUAAACUUUUGUGAUGGUGUGUGUCGCAUCUUCAUGAAAAUUAGAUUCCGUGACGGGUUCUAAAGCAUCUUCACAAAAAAUAAUUAAUUUAUUGACGGUUUGGUCACAAAAAUAGGGCAUUGUCAUGAAGUUUUGAUUUUCUGAUAGUAACAUGCUUAUAGUAGUUCUUAAUAUUGUAAAAAAGAAUCACAUAAAUUUAUUAUGCACCUAUAUAAUAUAUAUCCAGAUGCAUAAUAAAAAUUAUCGCAUAGAAAACCAAAACAACAUUUUUUUUCGAAACAGAGGGAGUAGUACUCUAAAUUUUGGUAAUCUAUAAUUUUUUGGUAUAGGGCCCAUUAGGAGAAUUUCGUACCAGCGCCUUGAAAUCCUAGGUACGGGCCUGCAGACGAGGAGGAAGGCAUGCGGAUAUGGGGAGGCGAGGAAGAAGACGGGCGGAGGAAGACGAUGCGGAUGUGGGGCGAUGAGAUAAGGUGGGACUCAUACGGGAGGUUCUACGUGUAGAGCUAAUGCGAGAGCGUUCUGCGCGCGUGUCGCUGCCUCUUGUACAAAUGCGGGAUCUAUCGGAGCAUCAGGUAAAGCUAGCAUCACCCGCCCACACUGGUUCGCCAAUGGAGUCGUCGGCUAGCACGGUCGCUGUCUCGCCGCGGCCGCACGUCAUGCUGGUCGCCAGCCCCGGCACCGGCCACCUCAUCCCGAUGACCGAGCUCGCUCGGCGGCUCGUCGCGCACCACAGCCUCACCGCCACGCUCGUCACCUUCACCGACCAAUCGGCGCCGAACGCCCACUCCGCCGUCCUUUCGUCCCUCAGCGCCACCCAAGUCUCCGCCGUCGCUCUCCCCGCCGUCGCCCUCGACGACCUCCUCUCUGACGCCCACAUCGGGACCUCCGUGCCCAUCUCCAUCCCGCACCUCCGUGCCCUGCUCCGCGACAUCACCUCCGCCGCCCCGCUCGCCGUGCUGGUGCCGGACUUCUUCGGCUCCACGUUGCUGCCCCUCGCCGCCGAGCUCGGCGUCCCGGCCUACAUCUUCUCGCCCAGCAACCUCAGCGUGCUCGCCCUCAUGCGCAACGCUGUGGAGCUCAACGAUGGGGCUGCCACCGGCGAGUACCGUGACCUCCCGGACGUUCUCCGGCUUCCCGGGGGCGUGCUGCUGCGCCGCGAGGACUACACAGACAAUUUCAAGAACAGCAAGGAACCGAUCUACGCGCACGUCAUCGAGGAGGGCCGCCGGUACCGCGCGGCCGACGGCUUCCUGGUGAACUCCUUCCACGAGAUGGAGCCCGGCAGCGUGGAGGAGUUCAAACAGGCGGUGGAGCAAGGUACGUUCCCGCCUGUUUACCCUGUGGGGCCGCUCAUCCGUCCAUGCUCCGACGAAGAUGACGCGUCGGCGUGCUUGGACUGGCUGGAUCGCCAGCUAACGGGAUCCGUGGUGUACGUCUCCUUUGGGAGCGCCGGCGCGCUGUCCGUGGAGCAGACGGCCGAGCUCGCCGCCGGGCUGGAGGGCAGCGGGCACAGGUUCCUCUGGGUCAUGCGCAUGCCAAGCCUGGACGGAGAAAAUUCCGCCAUGAUUACAGCAGGACACGGGAUUUUCGCCACGGGUACCACCCACAGUAACGACAAGGACGACCCGCUGGCCUGGCUUCCCGAGGGGUUCUUGGAGCGGACGAGCGGCCGUGGCGGCGUGGGCGCCGCAGGUGCGGUGCUCUCCCACCCCGCGACGGCGGCGUUCCUGUCGCACUGCGGCUGGAACUCGACGCUGGAGAGCGUGGCGUCCGGCGUGCCGAUGGUCGCGUGGCCGCUGUACGCGGAGCAGAGCACGAACGCCGCGCCCGCGCUCCUGUCGGAGAACGUGGCGCUGCGGCUGCGCGCGACGCGGGCGGACGGGCUCAUCGCGCGCGAGGAGAUCGCGGCGGCCGUGCGGGAGGUGAUGGGUGGGGAGGAGAAGGGGCGCACCGUGCGCCGCCGGGCCGGGGAGCUGCAGCGGGCGUGCGUGCCCGGGGGGUCGUCCUGGCAGAUGCUGGAGGAGGUCGCCGGCAAGUGGAAGGCGGCGGCGCUUGGCAGGCAGAAGCGGUAGAAGACUUGCAAGCGCAGAGACAAGUGAUCGUCGAUGUGCAUGGAUCAUCGACUCAGUACAGUUCGGUUUGUGCUACCUGACGAUGAAAAUAAUGAAUCUGUGUGCUUUUCAUCUCCACUACGUGAUGAGCAGCUGGCAGGGUAUAGGCAUCAAUGAAUGCUCAAAACCGGGCAGCUAUAGGCAUCAAUGUACAUACAAACUAGUCCUAACGAGGGAUGGAUAUAUGUUGGAGUUGACCCAAGAUACAGGGAUGAGGCGUUCUAGUAAACAAAGAAAAUGGUACUU